AUGGUCGCCAUGCCUUCGCUGCUCGAGGAGCGCGAGCAGCAGAUGUGCCUGCUCGCGCUCGUCGCGUUCCUCUUCGCCGGCAUCUGGCUCGUCGUCGCCCGGCGGCGCGGCCGGUCGGGCCGGUCGGCCAAGUAUAGCGCGCUGUCGACGGCCGAGGACACGCUCGAGGCGCCGCUGCUCGGCGACGAGUCCUUCUUCGUGCCCGCGCGCGGCCCGCUGGCCCUGCGGCAGCUCCUCUUCUACGUCGUCGCGUGCUUCUACCUCAUCGGCGUCGUCGUCUACGCGGUGCGCCUCGCGAACGGCCGGGGCCUCGGGAGCGCCAAGGGCGAGGCGCGGCUCUGGCGCCUCGGCGCCGACGCGCUGCGCGUCGCCGCCUGGAUAAUCGCCGCGCGCGCCGACGCCGCGGAGGUCAAGGGCUCCGACGGGCGCCGCCCGACGGGCGCCGUCGCGGUGUUCGCUUUGUUGUCGGCCGUCGCGGCGCUCCGCGAGGCGCGCACGGGCGCCAAGUUCUCGCUGGGCGCGCCCUGCUUCUGGGCUUUGGCCUUCCACGGCGUCGUCGUCCUCGUGGCACUCGCGGCGUCGUGCGCGGCGCCCGCGGGCGCGCGGCGGUCCGCGCCGCCGUCCGCGGAGGAGGCCGCGGUCGAGCUCCACGAGAUUUUAUUCUUCACGUGGCUCGACGGCGUCUUCGCGGCGAAGCAGCGCCUCGGCGCCGAGAACCUGGGGCUCGGGGACCUGCCGCGCCAGGUCGAGGGCGAUCUAGUCGGAACGACGUGGCCGGCCCUCCAAAAGGCGCUCGCGGCGUCGCCCGCGGCGCGCGGCGGCGAGAAGUCGCGGACGCGCACGCUCAACCUCUUCUACGUGCUCUGCGUGCUGUGCAAGUCCCACUUCCUGCUCGCGGGUCUGUGCCGGUUUUUGUACGUGCUGAGCGGCUACUUCCAGCCGGCCGCCAUGUACAUCAUCCUGCGCCAGUUCGGAAAGAACGACGCGCUCGGCUGGACGGCCGUCGGGCUGCUCUUCUUCGGCCCCGUGAUCAACUGCUACCUGGACGCCAUGCAGAUGUUCGUCCAGCGGCGCGUCGCGACGCGCUGCCGCGGCGCGCUGAUGGUGCUCAUCUACGACAAGGCGGGCACCAUCGACAUGGCCGCGGCGUCGUCGGGCGACGGCGACGCCAAGGGCGGCGGCAAGGUCGGGGAGGUCGUCGGGCUCAUGUCGGCGGACAUCCAGAACGUGCUGACGGCCAUCUCGUACUUCCACUGGACCUGGGGGCCCGUGCUCCAGCUGUGUCUGACGCUCGGCGCGCUGUUUUGGUUGGUGGACCUCGCGGCCUUCGGGGCGCUCUUCGUGAUCCUGCUGAACACGGUCGUGAACAAGCGGCUCUUCAAGACGCUCGCGGACAGCAACCGCGCGUUCCUCAAGGCGCGGAACUUUCGGCUGGAGCUCGUCACGGAGAUGCUGCAGGGCGCGCGGAUCGUCAAGAUGCUCGCCUACGAGGAGGGCCUCUUCGCGUCCAUCAAGAAGCGCCGCGACGCGGAGCUCGGCAAGCUCAAGGACAUUUUGGACGUGUUGGUGUACGUGUUCACGUUGAUCAACAGCACCCCUCCCAUCAUGGGCGUCGCGACGUUCGUCUUUUUGACGGCGGUCCUGGGCAAGCGCGUGGACGCGGCGACGGGCUUCACGGCGCUGACGCUCCUGGACAAUUUGCGGUUCGUGCUCAUGCAGGCGCCCCAGGCCGCGACGUUCCUCAUCACGGGCUACGUGAGCCUGCAGCGCGUCGAGGCGUUUUUGGACGCGCCGGACGUCGACGCGAAGCCCAACGAGGGCGCCGGCGGCGGCCCCGUGGGCGCCGUCGACGUCGACGACGCGGACUUCCGCUGGGGCGGUCCGCCGGGCGACGGCGACGGCCGGGGCCUCACCCUGCGGGGCGUGUCCGUCGCCGCGCGGCCGGGCGAGCUCGUGCUCGUCUGCGGGCCCACGGGCUGCGGCAAGAGCUCGCUCCUCGCGGCGCUCCUGGGCGAGAUCAAGCGUUUACGUGGUAACGUGGCCCUGCGCGGGACGACGGCCUACUGCCCGCAGACGGCCUGGUGCCAAAACGCGACGGUCCGCGACAACGUGACGUUCGGCGCGGCCGCGGACGACGCGCGGCUCGCGGCCUGCGUCGACGCCUGCGCCCUGGGCGGCGACCUGGCGUCCUUCCCCGCGGGCGACCGCACGGAGAUCGGCGAGCGGGGCGUGACGCUGUCGGGGGGGCAGCAGGCGCGCAUCGCGCUCGCGCGCGCGCUCUACGCGGACGCGGACGUCUACCUGCUCGACGACCCGCUGUCCGCCGUCGACGCCCACGUCGGCGAGCACCUCUACCACAAGGCCAUCCUCGAGAGCCUCGUGAAGCGGGGCAAGACCGUCUUCCUCGCGACGCACCAGGUGAGCCUGUGUUUGCCGGGCGCGACGACGGUGCUCAUCCUCGCGCCCGACGGGUCCGUCGCGGCGUCGGGCCCGCCGGAGCGCAUGCGCGACGAGUUCCCGGACCUGCUCGCGGAGCUCAGCGAGCUCGCGGCGGCGAAGGACGACGACGGCGGCGCCGAGGGCGAGCCCAAGGAGAAGACGCCGGACGAGAAGGCGCGCGGCGACGGCCGGCUCGUCGAGGAGGAGAAGCGCGCCAAGGGCGCGCCGCUGCUGCGCUACGCCCUGCUCUACCUCCGGUCCGCGGGCGCCUUCUUCUUCGUCGGGUCGUCGAUCUUCGUGCUCCAGCAGCCGAUCAAGUACGUGCAGGCGAACGCUUUGACGAACUGGAUCGCGUUCAUGGAGCGCGGGCGGCCGCCCCUGAGCGGCGCGCCGGUCUAUGUGUAUCUGGCCUGGACGGGCUUCUUCGUCGGGCUCACGUUCGUCGCCAUCAACUGCCAGAACCGCGGCGCGAUCCGCGCGUCGGAGGUCAUCCACGAGCGGCUGUCGUGGGCCGUGCUCCGGAACAAAGUCGCCUGGUUCGACGCGUCGCCCGUGGGCCGCGUGCAGAACCGCUUCUCGACGGACGUCCAGGCCGUGGACCGCAACGUGUCGAACACGGUCAUGUUCCUCAUCCGGUCGUUGGUCGCGCCGCUCGUGUCGCUCUUCGCGAUCGGGCGCCGCGUGCCCUGGCUCCUGCCCUGCUUCGUCCCCGUGCUCGCCGUCGCCUUCUCCGUGGCGCUGCGCUACCUGUCGAUCGCGCGGGACCUGAAGCGCAUCGACUCGACGACGAAGUCGCCCGUCUACGCGCUCUUCAACGAGUCGCUCAACGGCCUCGCGACGCUGCGCGCGUUCACGGGCGCCUUCGGCCGUUUUUCCAGUGACUUCCAGCGUUUAGUGGACCGCACGAACUCGGCGGAGCUCCACCUCUUCGCGCUGAGUUACUGGCUCUCCGUGCGGCUGAACACGCUCGGCGCGACGGUCGCGGGAGCGACGGCCGUGGCUUUAUACGCGCGCGCGGCGUCGUCGGGCGGCGGCCUGCCGCCGCCGCAGGCGGGGCUCGUCCUGACCUACGCCGUUUCUUUUACGUCUGCUUUGAUCGGGCUCCUGCGGACCUACACGGAUUUGGAGCUGUCGAUGAACGCCGUCGAGCGCAUCGCCGAGUACGUCGACCUGCCCGAGGAGCCGCCGCUGCUCCUCGACGGCGACGGGCCGUCCUGGCUCCGGGACACGAAGGGGACCGUCGAGUUCAAGGACGUGUCGCUGACGUACCCGCGGCAGCCGUCGCCGGCGCUGCGGCACCUGUCGCUCACCGUUUCAGGGGGGGAAAGUGUGGGCGUCUGCGGGCGGACGGGCGCGGGCAAGUCGACGCUGCUGCAGUCGCUGCUGCGCCUCUACCCCAUCGACGGCGGCGUCAUCACCAUCGACGGCGUCGACAUCGCGUCGGUGGGGCUCAAGACGCUCCGGGGCCGCGUGGCCAUCGUGCCGCAGGCGCCGACGCUCUUCGCGGGCACGGUGCGCUUCAACCUCGACAUGUUCGGCGAGCGGUCCGACGAGGAGCUCCUCGAGGCGUUACGGUUGUCGCGCGGCGGCGGCCUCGAGAGCGCGGGCUCCCACGGGUCCCUGUCGUCGCUGGGCGAGUCGACCGCGGGCAGCGGCGGCGCGCCGACGUCCGUCGCGGAGCUGCCGCUCGACUUCGAGCUCGCGGAGUUCGGCAACAACCUGAGCGUCGGCGAGCGCCAGCUCCUCUGCCUCGCGCGGGCCAUCGCGCGCCGGUCGCGGCUCGUGCUCCUCGACGAGGCGACGGCGAACGUCGACCAGCAGACGGACCGGAACAUCCAGAAGGUGUUGAACGACGGCGCGCUCUCCGACGGCACGCGCAUCACCAUCGCGCACCGCCUGGGCACCAUCGCGACCUGCGACAAGGUCCUCGUCCUCGACAAGGGGGGCCUCGUCGAGCUCGACGCGCCGUCGAAGCUCCUCGAGGACGCGGGAGGCGUCUUCUACGGCAUGUGCGAGGCCGCGGGCACGCGGGCCCAGCUCGCGGCCGCCGCGCGCAAGGCCGACGCGAAGCGCGCGGCGAAGAAGCCCCUCGCCCUCAGCGCCUCCGCUAUGGCGCUCGCGCCGCAGCAGGCGCCCAAGCUCGCGACGCGGCGGUCGCUCGGCGGCUUCGUCGGCGCCGCCGCCGCGGCCGUCGCCGCGCCGGCCCUCGCCUACGAGGGCGUCUACUCCAUGGAGAUCGUCAAGGCCGGCGACGCCGUCCUCGACAAGGAGGCCCUGAACAGCGGCCCCGUCAAGGCGGCGCUCGGCGACUUCAAGGGCUACGCCGUCGGCAUCGUCAACCUCCAGAAGGCGCUCGCGGCGAACGACCAGGCCGACGUCGCCAAGACGCUGAAGACGGACUACGACUUCGUCAAGGUGCGCGCGACCUUCAACGCGCUGACGCCCGUCUUCGACGAGGACACGCAGAAGGGCGUCGACCGCAUCACGCGCGGCAUCCUGCAGGACCUCGUCGAGGCCGAGGCCGCCGCGAAGUUCAACGACAAGGGCCAGCGCACGCCCAAGAAGCUCGCCCUCCUCUCCGAGAAGCUCACGAAGCUCGACGGCAGCUUCCGCAAGCUCUUCUCCUACCUCAUCGCCGACAGCAAUGCGAUAGCCCUCGCGCGGGAGCUCGACGGCGCCAUGACGGCGUCGACGGUCAAGGUCGCGGUGCUGUCGCUCCUGGUGCUCCAGAACACGUCGCUGCGCCUCGUCAUGAAGCUGGCGCGGACGGAGUCGCCGGACUUCUCGGCGACGCUCGCCGUCUUCCUCUGCGAGGUCGUCAAGUUCGGCGUCGCCUUCGCGCUCCUCGCGCGCGCGAAAGGCGUCGCCGCGGGCGCGGCGGACGUCUUCGCGCCGCGGGAGCUCGCGCGGCUCGCGCCGCCGGCGGCCCUGUACCUGGCGAGCGACCGGCUCCACCACGUGUCCGUGCGCCUGCUGAGCGUCGCGGCGUUCCAGGUCCUGAGCCAGUCCAAGGUGCUGACGGCGGCGUUUUUUGGGAAGCUCUUCCGGGGCCGCGACGUCUCGGGCCGCCAGUGGGCCGCGCUCCUGGCGCUCGCGGCGGGCAUCGCGGUCUGCCAGCUGGGCGACGCGCUCGGCGACGUCGCGCUAUCGCCCCCAAACCCGCUGGGCUUCGCCUGCGUGGCGACGACGUCCUGCCUCGGCGCCGCCGCGGGCACCUACACGGAGGCCGUGCUCCAGCGCCCCGCGAGCGACGCGUCCUACCUGUGGCGCCGCGCGGCGCAGAUGGCCCUCCUCGGGUCGGCGAUCGCGGCCGGGCCCGCGGCGACGGACCCGCGCGGCGCCGCGGGCUUCACGGCCGCCGUCUACGGGGUCGUGCUGCUCAACGCCGCCGGCGGCCUCCUCGUCGCCGCGGCCAUGAAAUACGCGGACAACGUCCUCAAGACGCUCGCGGCGAGCCUCUCCAUCGUCGUCUCCGCCUUCGCGGCCUGCGCGCUCCUCGGCGCCGACGCGCCGACGCCGAGCUUCGCCCUCGGCGGCGCCGCCGUCGUCGCCGCCGUCUACGUCUACGGCACCGCGCCCAAGCCCCAGGCCGCCGCGCCCGCGAAGCCCGCGGCCUGA